CGCUGCUGCUGGUGCCUGAGGGGCGGGAUGCUCCGUUGUUGUUUUUUUGUUUUUCUCUUCGAAGAUGUCUAGGAUAAUGCAAAAUCUGUAUUACGUUUCGACAGUCGGUGGAACGCGUGUUUCAGCCUGAGUGAAAGCGCUGAGAUGCGGCUCCGAGGCUGUGCGUGGUGAAGCUCGGGAGCUGAGGCGUCGGGCUGUGUUGGCACGGUUGGAGGUGCAGCAAAUGAAUGGACAAAUCGUGUUUUCUACAUAAUUAGGCUCAGUAAUCCUUCUCCACUCUCAGAAAUAUGGAGGAGCGAGGUGGAGCCUUGUACUUCUGAGAAAGGAUAUAAAGCUGCUGGCAUUUGCCCACCAUAAGCAACAAGGACCUGCUCACAGGGGAAAAAGAAAAAAAGAAAAAAAAAUGAAGAAUCUCACUGGAGCCCCCUCGAGAGCUGAAAACUGACUUUCCGUGAUGUGGAAAGAAAAAAAAAAGUAGUUUACACCAUUUCAACAGAUCCCGAUUGCUCCAAGUUGAAAUGAAAGUGUUGCCUCAAGAAAUCAUUCAAAGCCCACCAUGGCAUCCCAGGUUUGAAGAGCCGACGAUUUGCCCACCAUUAGGUUUUGCCAGGAUUCAUUUGAUCAAAGACAAAGAUGGCAUAGAUGAUUAUUUGGCGAAGAAUAUCAAAGGGUUGUCAAAACAAGAAGCUGCGGCUAACAGGAAUUCAUACAAGGAGAACAUCUGCAUAGACAUGCUGCGACAGGGUUAUCACAAGUCCUUCUCCGAGCUCUUCACUCUGAUACAGAAGUGGAAUGCCUUGAGGGAGGCUGCAGGGCCUGGGUCAGCCAUAUGGCAGCGGCAGUCCCUGGAGGAGCAGCCUGAAAAGCUGGAUCAGCUUUACCACUUCCUGACCAGGGCUGAGGCAGCCCAGCGAGCAGGACACUCUGAAGAAGUUUAUGAUAACCAACUUAACGUGGCCUGCUGCUUCGAUGACUCUGAGGAGAAACAGUUAAGGAAUUACUUUUACGAACAAUGCUUUAACACUGCUCAACUAAUAAAAACUGAUGGUGGGAAAAGGCAAGCGCAAGCACACGCGUAUAUGGGCCUUAUCAAUGAGGAACAAGGUCACAUCAUGAAGGCUGCUGAGCAUUAUGAAGCAUUUUACCAGCUAACAGAAGGUUCAACGUGGAAGGAUGAGACAGGCCACACUUACAAUUCACUGGCAUGUGAGCACCUAUGGAGAAUUUAUAUAUUACAAGCAGACAAGAUGCUAGAAAACAAAGAACGACAGCAGGCCAUCAAAACAUUAAUAAAAGCUAUCAGAAUGGCAAAAAAUGGAGGUGAUAAGAAGAUGGAAGGAGAAGCUGCAUAUUGCUUAAGUUUAGUGUAUCAUUUUGCUGGAGAAGAGAAGACAGCAUUAUCAAUUUUGAACACCUCUAUAAAAAUCUUCACAGCACUGUGUGAUUCUGCAGGCCUAAGAAGAGCAUAUGAAGCUAUAGACAAGAUCCUGGUAAGUCAGGGAAAAGCGGCUGAAAGUCUUACGCGUUUGGAAGAGUUUAAGAAGGAUGCUGAGAAUGCUCAUCUAAGCCAAAGUGUGGUGGAUGCAUGUGUGUUGAUCGGCAACAUUUACAAUGAAAGAGGGAAUUAUGACAAAGCUCUUGAAUAUUUCACUCAGGCUUUUGAGGCAGCAAACACUUUAAAUAAUUUGUCCUUAGUUAAUGAAACAAGGACUUAUUGUGGCAUUGCAAAGGCUCAUAAACUGAUGGUGGCAUUUAACAGCCAUAUAGAAGCAGAAGAUCCCAUCAGCCUCAAGUACUUGCUGGCAUGGAAGGAGAACAGAAGCGACAUGUGCGCUGACCCUCUCACAGUCGAGCUCGAUAGAGAAACAAGCCCAUGUGAGCCUCCUCCAGAAACGAGCCCCUGUGAAUCUCUUCCAGAGACCCCAAUUCUAGAUCAUUCCUGAAAACACCUGCUUACUUACAGCAAAGCUGAUAGGUGAACGUCGUGAGUUCAGGAAGAUCUCCGGAAACUCAGGCAACAAAGUGAAAACGCUGGUGGAAGUUUUGUUGUUUAAGUAGGAGCACGUUGUUGCAGUAUAAAUAUCUGUUAGCUCUAAGUCCUUAUAUGACCAAUGUCAUAUGUGUGGCUCCACAUUUAUAUCAAAAAUAGCUACUGUCAUUGAAAUAAAUGCAAAAGGAAAGAGUAA